CCAGCAUAUACUGAUCAGUAACCAUUAACAACCUACUGAUUACAUUUAGAUUCAUAAUUACGAUCACCACCAUGCAGUAAUUAUAUAGCCAUCACUAUUUUAGCCGUUCAUCACUAAAAAAGAAUAAGGGCGCAAAAAAUAGAAUGUGAGGCGUACAGAAAUAAGGUUUCUGGAACAUUUUGGCGGGACCCUAUGUAAACCUAAUAUUGUCCUUAUUGUCUUUAUAUUUUUAAGUUUAUAGUGUAGUAAUAUUACGUGCGAUGUCAAAGACGUCAAAUAAGUCCGGAGAGGAAUCUUUUAAUGGAUUUGAUGUACCUACUGGCUUGGAAGACUAUGCACGAGAAGGGUUCGGCGUACAAAUUAAUGGGGUAAAUGUUGAUGGCGAUGGUAAUCCGAAUAUUACAGAAGUAGAAGAAAUCUUAACUGAUUCUGAAGAUGAUGCAUCUUUUAUAAAAAGAUAUGGAGAAAUCGAAUUUCAAUAUAUAAGAAAGCCUCGAGAGAGGGUAUGGUUUAUAAAACCUCAUGCUUUAAACUAUUUUAAGGAUGGAGUACUUUAUAGAACAAAAGGUGAAAGAUCUUCUGAAAAGUUGGAAUUAUUUUUAGAUUUAUUAUAUGUUGGGAUUGUAGCAAACCUAGCUAGUGAUGCCACAGAACAUGCUGGUGGUAUUGCAUUAUUAAAGUAUAUUAUGUUAUUUAUUCCUGCCUAUAUGGUUUGGUCAGAUGUAAAAGAUGCCACCAAUUAUUAUUACAAUGAAGAUUUAAGUCAAAAGACAUAUAUGUUUUGGAUAUUUUGUUUAUUAACUAUGUUUGCCAAUAGUCAUUAUGAUGUGACUGUAGAUAGGAAAGGUGCUGCUUAUACAAUUGUACCAUAUAUAUUUUGUCGUAUAUCCUUAGCUAUAUUCCUUUUAUUUUAUUCAUUUUUCAUUCCAGAGUUAAAGUUUCAACAAAGAACUUAUGCAACUUUAAUAUUUAUAACUUGUUGUUUAUGGAUACCUGUUAUAUUCAUUUCUAAUCGAGCAAAAAUUGGUUUGGGAUUUGCAAUCAUGAUUUUAGAAAAUUUAUCUUUUGUUAUACCCCAUCAUCCAUGGUUUAAAAAGAAAUUAGGAUUGAAAACUUCUACAGCUCUAAAUAUUGAACAUGAAGUUGAAAGAUAUGGAACUUUUGUCACCAUUGCAAUUGGAGAAUUUUUAAUGAAAAUUGGCUCAAAUGGUUCUCUAGGAGUAGGAUUUUCUUUAAAAUUCUUAAGGGGUAUAUUUUUAUUAGUAAUUGCUUAUAUUCUAUUUUGGUUAUAUAAUUAUGGUUCAACAACUAAAAAGGCUGUCCAUGCUCUAAGAAGAAGUGGGUUAACUGCUUGUCUUUAUAUUUAUGGCCACCUACCAUUAAUUGCUUCAAUUGUGCUUGCAGCUGAUGCAGGUGGUGAUAUAAUUGCAUUCGAUAAUACUCAUAUUGAUAAACGUUCACAGGAAAUAGUCGAAGAACAAGAAGAGCCUAACAUGUUUGCAUUAUCAUUUUUCUUCACCGGUGGAUUAGGUGUAGCUCUAGCAUCUCUUUGUCUUCUUGGAAUGUUAGAUAAAUGUUUAGACCCUCCUGGUAAAUUUCUAAUACCAAGAUUUUGGAGAGUUAUCUGGAGACUACCUGUUGGUAUUGGAAUAACUAUGUUGGCAUUUGCUGAAAUGAGUACUACUCUUUUAAUGGGGGUAAUCUCAAGUAUAAUGCUUGCCCUUUUAGUGUUUGAAAGUAUUAUGGCCACUCCUGUAGACUGUUUGAUCUCUACAAAAGUUAAAAGUAGUGAUUCUUCUUCUUAAUUAUGAAUAUGUAUUUACAUCUUUAUGACUUUUAUUUAUACUAUGUACAUUAACUGUGGUUAAAAUUUAAUAUUUAAUCAAAUAAAUCAAUCAAAUCUAUUAAA